CGCGAGGGGUACGCAUUGCCUUCGUCGAUUGGCCGUACCCACGUUCGUCCGUCGUGACGCGCGAAAACCGCACGAGCGCGUUCCGAUCCUCGCAUUAAACCAAUGAAAAGAAGAAAGUCGAAACGAUUGUGAUCCCGUCAUCAGUGCACGCAAUCCCAAGAAAUUUUUCUGUGCGGUGUCAUGUCGCCGAGUGACAUUUCGUCGUAGAGCAACCGCGGUCUUUGGUACCGUCGCCGGGAACGGAAGCAGAGGACUUGUGAUCGGAAGAGAGAAGAUCCGGGCACUGCGGUGGUACCUGCCGAUUUCGAUCUAACCUCCCAGCGGCUAGCUCUCCCCUGUGCUGUCAGCAAACGUGCUGAAUUUUCUAACGAAGAUCUAUCCCACACUUGAAAAUCACCAGCUGUAAACGGUUGACGAGGCAGAAAUGGCACGAGCGGAGUCACGGUGAGAAAAGGGCGAGGGUGAAGCCCUCGCGCGAGCCGGCAGCCAUGGCGGAAAGCUUCGGUUUCUUCGCCGGGGGGGCGAUACCUGCCGUCCGUCUUUCGCUUUUUCUCGCUUUGGCCGGCACGACGCGCGCCGUAGACCUCUCCCAAUGCAUCGCGCCGCUCGGCAUGGAAUCCGGCGCGAUCCCGGACGCGGAUAUCACGGCCAGCUCUACCUUCGACACAGGAAACGUCGGCCCGCACCUAGCACGAUUAAAAGUCGAGAAUCUCGGUGGCGCGUGGUGUCCCAAGAAUCAGAUCACCCAGGAAGCCCGAGAAUGGUUGGAGAUCGACCUUCACACGGUUCAUUUGAUCACAGCCACCGCUACUCAAGGCCGUUUCGGAAACGGCUUUGGUGUUGAGUUUGCAGAGGCGUAUCUACUCGAUUAUUGGCGACCGCGUCUGAAGAAGUGGGUUCGAUACAGAGAUGUCAAAGGGAAAGAGGUAAUACAGGGUAACACGAACACGUAUUUGGAGUCCAAGCACGAGCUGGAGCCGCCUCUGUGGGCGAGCAAGAUCCGUUUUCUACCCUACAGCCAUCACACGCGGACGGUUUGCAUGCGGGUCGAGCUCUACGGAUGUUACUGGAGCGAUGGCGUAGUAUCCUACUCGAUGCCACAGGGCGAUAAAAGGGGUAAUGGAUGGGAAUUCUUUGACGUCACUUACGACGGCCUCUGGGACGUGGAGCUGCGUCGUGGCCUGGGUCAGUUGACGGACGGCAAAACGGGCCCUGAUAACUUCAAACUGGGAUAUUACGAUAACGAUCGCACUCAGGGCUGGGUCGGCUGGAGAAACGACACCCGCGGUCAGCCGGUCGAGAUCAAGUUCGAGUUCGACAAGGUCAGAGAAUUCUCGGCCAUUCACAUCUACUGCAACAACCAGUUCACCAAGGAUGUUCAGGUAUUUUCGCAAGUCGACAUACUGUUCAGCAUCGGUGGGAAAUAUUACGCCGGAGAGCCGAUUACGUACACUUAUAUGGAAGAUAAAAUAUUUGAGACAUCACGAAACAUUACCAUCAAGCUUCAUCAUCGGGUUGGUAAAUACGUCAAGCUGAGACUCCACUUCUCGGACAGGUGGAUCAUGAUCAGCGAGGUGACCUUUGACUCCGACGUGGCCCACGGCAACUUCACGCCAGAGGAAGCACCGACAACCGAGUCGCCGAUCCAGAGCGACGUUUUUGUUGAGAAAAAUGGCGCCGCGGAGAGCGAGCUUCCGGUCUCCACGGCGAAACACGACGAUCCGACGUACAUGGCAGUCGUGAUCGGAGUGCUAACCGCCGUGAUCCUCCUGCUGGCCGUUGCGAUAUUUCUAAUUGUCUCCAGGCACAGGCAACGCAAGUGUUUCGCCAGUCCCAUGACCGGCAAGGCGCCCUCUCAUCUUGGAUCCACUUGCGCCACCGUUGAGAAGGGCGCUGCAUUGAUGGCGUACACUUUGGAAGACGAUGAAAGAUACGCCGGCGGUUCGCUGCCGACGUUGCCACGGGACCUGGGCAAUCGUCUUCUGGACAUCGUGAAGCUCGACGACUACCAAGAACCGUACCAAGCAUUAAAGUACGCCCCGUACUACAGCUACAGCACCGUUGUUAUGGAGAUGAAAGACAUGAUGCUGAACAACAAGAGCACCAACAUCAAUCACUCAGCGGUGUACGCGAACGGUGCAGUUGACACAUCGUACGAUUAUGCGGUACCGGAACUCGGCACGGUGCCCCUGCUCAACCAGGACGGCACGGGACGAGGCACAGGCCCUGCCGUUUCCAGCAGUACCAGCGACCAAGACAGCCUCUUCUCCAAGACUUCAUCGCGGGGCAAGACGGAGGACAAGAAGUCCCCGACUCAACAGGAGGUGCUUUCGGCCCUGAAGAGACGUCUGGAACAGACCAGCGUCCCGCUCUUCCCACGGCAUCGCCUCCGCAUGCUCUCGAAACUUGCCGAAGGGGCUUUCGGAACGGUGUACGUGGCGGAAGCUGAAGGGAUUCCGGAAUACGGAACGACGACCACCGUUGGAAAGCGUCUCGUCGCCGUCAAAUUUUUACUGCCGGAAGCCAGCGAGAAGGAAAAGUUGGAUUUUCAACGAGAUGUUAGGAUUUUGGCCGCCCUAGAGGAUCGAAAUAUAGCUAGAGUCCUUGGCGCCUGCUGCCGCGAGGAACCAUACUGUGUGGUAAUGGAGUACUUGGAGCAUGGAGAUCUCUGCCAAUUCCUUAAAACGCAUAUCACUGCCGAAGAUGCUCAUUCUAUGCCAAUCGGUGUCAAAACUCUCAGUUUCAACUGUCUCAUCUACAUGGCGGCUCAGAUCGCGUCGGGCAUGCGGUACCUGGAGAAUCUGAACUUUGUGCACCGGGAUCUGGCUACUAGGAAUUGCUUGGUAGGCAAAGCUUAUCACAUUAAAAUCUCGGAUUUCGGUACGGACAACGAAUUGUACGCGUGCGAUUAUUACAAAGUCGAUGGCGCGGUGCCGCUGCCGAUACGUUGGAUGGCCUGGGAAUCCAUAUUCCUGGGCAAGUACACGACAAAAAGUGACGUAUGGGCGUUCGCGGUGACCCUAUGGGAGAUCCUGAACCUGGGCAGACGGGUUCCGUACGAGCAUCUAUCCGACGAGGAGAUGGUUCAAAACUUGCGACGGCUGCAUCGUACCCCGGAUUGCGCGGCGGACAACGGCGGUGACGAGAACAACGACGCCAAAGAGAACGCCGAUAACCUUUUCGACUAUUUGCCGCGACCCACCGCGUGCUCGAAGGAUAUUUACGAUCUGAUGCUCGAAUGCUGGCGGCGGGAAGAGAACGAGCGACCGACCUUCCGGGAGAUCUCGAUGUUCCUGCAGCGGAAGAAUCUCGGUUAUGCGCCCACGUCCUGAUACUGAACGUUCCGCGACGUCGAUCACCACGAUGUUCUCGGCGUUUGUCGCUCGUGCCCGGCUAGGAGUUACUUGAAUACGGGCCCGGAGACCGUCGACGACGCGUUCUAUCCUCACUGGAUUACCGUGAGAACUAAGUUCUGAUUACUUUCGGCGACGAUGAAGCAUCCAGGCGCGAAUUACUCGAUCGACACGAAGGAGGACACAGAAACGACCGGUCGCAACGAUUCAGUAGUUUUGGCCGAUCUGACAACGAACGAUCAAGUUCAACCACAAGUAUUCUUGAUAGGUUGUUCCGAGUAAGCAAAAGCCGAAAGACUUCGAAACGUGGAAGUAGAAUUCCAUAGACUUUCUGGAAGAGAAAGAGGAACGCACGAGAUCAUCGAGACACAACGACGUCGGAGCAUUCGAUGCAAACUGUUUUCUUUUUAGAUACGUAAGACCUGCUUAGGGAAUACAAACGUGAAACUGUGAAUUCGACAAUCGAGCGGGUGAACGAGCGGGGCGAGCUUCUGUUUCUCGGGUAGCCGCCUCUAUGUGCGUGCGCGGGGUUCACGCGGCUAUCUCAAGGGCUUCGGGGUCUGUAAUGGUCGUCGAAAAUUUAGGAGCAAUAUCGUGUAAUCGUACUAAUAGCUGUGAACAUUCCUUGCAUGGUUUAAAGAUAUAACUUUCCGCGGUAAGUAAGGGAUAAUUCGUUACUUAAGGAGUCGGAUGUUAUCCAGCCCGGAACGGCAUUUUUCCCGUUGUAAAAAAGCGAGAGAAACGAACAGGAACAGCGGGCUGGAUGAGAAUAUUUCAUCAACGCACGGCAAUACGGUAACCAAAAUAUCAAACUUCCUCCAGAAGGAGUUAUUGAUAGGAUUGAAGCUGGUAUACACUUAAUCAUAUGAACGCGUAUGUCUGUGAGACGCGUAGGCGGUUAUAGUUCUCGCGGGUGUAAAUUUAUCAUAAUUCUCGGGCGUUCGGUAGGCUCGCUUCGACGUUGAUUCGCGAAGCGAAUCAAACACUAUCGAGUUUUGUGUCUUUUGUCUUGUACAUCGACGAAUUUAGGUUUACACAAACUGACCGCGGUAUCGAUGAUGAUGAUGAUGAGGAGGAGGAGGAAGAGGAAGAGGAGAAGGAGGAGGAAGAGAUUGAAAAAGCGAAUGGCGAAAAAAUUAGUGAUCGUUACGAUAAAUAGAAUCGAUAGUCACAAUUCUUGAAGUUUGAUUAAUAGAUCUUAAUAGAUUAAUAUAUAGCUAAUAAUCUCUUUUCGAAAUUCUUCGUUUGACUAUCAUUCGGUAAGAUGUGUUUGAACACGUAUCCGAACUUAUAUGGUUUCUAUUGUCGUUGAUUAAAAGAAGAACAAUUUUUUACCGAAACGAUUCACUUCUCCUUAGAUUCUAAUUAAAAGUAAAAAGUGUACGGAUGAACGUUUAAUGAGUUCCCAUUUUCGACGAAGAUAUCUCGGUCGUGAUAAAUGAGAAUUCAGCGAAUAUCAUACUUCGUGAUUUACGAGGAGGAACGAUAUACAUAUUCUUUGUUAAGGUAAACGGUGGUGAUAAAGGCCGCGACUAUGACACAUCAUAAUUGUAACUUUACAUGAUAGGCGGGAUCAAUUGAAACACAAAAUAAAAAAAACAACUAGUAUAUUGUACAUAUAGGCGUACAUUGAGAGGUAAGUGAAACAUUUAUCAUUACGCGGAGAAAACGCAAAUGAGACCAGAUACAGGCAGCGGGACGACUCAUUCGAGACUCGUAAUUCAGGAUCGCGUUUCUUUUCUUUUUAGAGCGCGAUUUCGGUGAAGACCAAAAUCUGGGGCUCCCAGUUCGAACUGUUUCGCGAAACUCCAACGCGAACCUCGAGAUCGUUUAUCGGCGCGUGGCAACAUAUCGGAGACUUCGUUUCACGCAGAAACGCGUUAGUGACUUCGUCGCGAGAACUUCGCGAUGGAUUUUCGAAGUUAAAUGUUCAUUUAGCGAUGCUAUUCUCACGACAUUCGACUAAUUAAUCACUCGAACCGUUAUGUUCCAUGUAUUUAUAUCAGAUGAAAUACUAUCGAUAGCAUUCGCAAUAUCUAGCGUGUAGGUAAUGUUACCGUUACAACAUUAAAAAUACUAUUUAUAUAUCUUAAUGUAAUUUCGCCGCGUAAGUAGUAAAUAAUCAGAGUCAUAGCCGUUCGUAUAUUAAAAAAAGAACCGUACGUCCGUUGAAUUUAAACGUAACAAGAAUCACUUCUUUGUCGUUGAACCAAGAAAGACAAAAAUGAAAGAACAAACGGAGAAAUAAGAAAAAAUCAGCGUGGUUUUGAAGAUGGAAAAUUAACGUAGUUCGUAUUUAUGAAAUUACCGGUAAGAGGUUAGUUCGAAUUAUAUUCGUAGAACGAUUCAACGAUUUAGCAUUUUAUACCGUGACCAGGCACGUUGUUCAGAUAGCGAUAAUAGUCGCCGGAUCGUUAGAUAUUAAAGAAAAACGAGU